GAAGAACUGGACGCCAUAUUGUGUCGAUAACAGUAUCGGAAAGGUGCGUAGAAACUUCUAGUCGUCGUUUAUUAUAAUGCCAGAAUGGCAUGUCACGUUUAUUCUGAUGUGACUUUGAUAGUUGAUGGAUAUAUAAAAACUCGCAACUUUUGGAAUUUUCAGAAGAAAGCGAAUAGUGAUGUGUAUUGUACAUCUUAGGACAAAAUAUACAAAACAUUACAAUAAUCUAAUUCUCUUGGCGUGACGUCAACUAAGCGCUAACAGACAUGGAACAACAGCCUGAGCAUCUCAAUGUAAUGUUUCACCCGGAAUACGCUGUUCCAGUAUUCGGGUAUGCAGUCCCACCCCUGGCAAUCAUCAUAUUGUUCACCAACUUCUUCAUGGUGUGGAUAUUACUCAAGAGACAUAUGCGAUCACCGGCAAACACUCUUCUCGUCUGCAUUGCUAUAUCCAACACCUUGGCAAUAGUAUUUCCGGUUGCUCCUUUUGUUUAUUUCUACACUCUUGGAUUCUAUGAGGACUUUGUUCCGUUCGCUUGGUGCAGGGCGUUUUUCAACCUCGUUCACGUCUUUCCACUUCUGUGUAACAUGGCUUCAUUAUGGUCAACUGUCGCAUUGGCGUGUAUGCGUUGUUAUUCGGUAUGGCGCCCUCUACAUGCAAAAUCCACCAUAACACCGGUCAGAACGUACAUAACGAUUGUCGCAAUAUAUAUUUUGUCAACACUAGCGUAUACUCCGACAAUAUUUGAAUACACAUUCAUUCCGCUGUCUGCACCAUCACUGAUGAACCCCAACACGACAAUCGUAUCGUGCCACCUACAGCAAACAAGAACCCACUUGUCGGAGUCCUUCUGCAACUUUCAUACAUGGGUUCAGAUUAUUUUCACAUCAUUGCUGCCAUGGUUUCUUAUAACCUUUCCCGACUUCGGACUUUUGUACAAGUUGAAGAAAACAGAAACUGAACGGAAAAUACUGAUGGAUGAAUCAUGCGACCACAGAGAGGAUUCGAAAGAAAAGCCACUUGUGUCAAAGACAAAAUUAAUAUCCGGCAGACGAAUGACGAGUUGGAUGAUUUUCAUCGUUGUUAGCAUGAUCUGGUUGGUAGAGAUUCCAUUUGCUGUCAGUUUUACUUUAUACCAAUCCCACACGAAUGGUGAUGUCAUGCGCAAUCACCUUGGAAGCAGCGUUGUUUUUGUUCUGCUUCUGAAAUACAUAAGCUACCCGAUAAUAUUCAUGAUUUAUUGUUUUAUGAGUCAGAAAUUCCGACAGACAUUUGCAGAAAUGUUCAUGUGCUCAUACAAAAGUAAAUAUUCUCUACACUCUACGAAGAAAGCUUCCAGGGAUUCCUGCUCGGAGUCCAGCAAGAAACAAAGUAUAUCGAAGCUUGCGUCUGUUUCCUCUGAAUGUUGACGUGUAAAUUCAAGAUCGCGGAGCAGCAACGUAAUAAUAACAUGACACACGCGGAGUGCUGAUAUAAAAAAUUUGAAACUUGACGAACGCGGAGUGGCGAUUUUCCAAGAAAAUAAACAUUGAAAAACGCUGAGCGGCGAAAUAUCAAAAAUAUUCAACCAUCGAGGGUGAUUUCACACGAAUAUAGUUUAUAUAUAUACUAUUAUGUGUAAAUUGACAAGGGUAACAAAAACAAGGGUAUCAAAAACACGAUCUUUUUUCAUGCGAUGAAUAUAAAGAUUUAAAAAAAAGAAAUAAGAACAGCAACUGUUGUGCAUUAACAUAUGGAAACAAAUGGAUCAUUUUGUGUGACCGCUAAAGAGAAUUCGAAUGUUGUUCAUUUAUUUCAAGGGCCAACUUAAACAUACUUAAUACUUCUUGUGUAAAUUUGUGCUGACUAUUGUUUGUUUUUUAUUUUAUUUCAAUUCAUUAUCUGCAAUAUUUCUUUUGUAACUUUUAGAUUCAUGUGACGAACUUCCAUAUUUAUAGUUUUAUAAUAUUGUUUUAUCUGGAAAAUUCACUUAAAUUAACAGAUUUAAGUUUUUUAAAUAUUGUUUUAGUAUCUAUGAACAAGUUUAUAGAAAAUUCAUAUAAGGUUUAAACCGUUAUGCUAAAUCUAAUUGCUUUUAAUCUUAUUUAUUUACAAGUGCGUAAUUUAGUGUUUUUAGAAGUAUUUUACGGUUCACAUGUCUUUAAAAUUAGUCAUACAACUUUGAUGUAAUGUUUUACAAUUAGUUUAUGUACUCACGAACUAAUUUAUGUCUUGUUAAAUGAAAUGUACUUUGUAAUAAAUUAAGAAAGCCGUGACCUUACUUUGGAAUACCGGUAGUAUUUGGUCUUAGCAACACGUUUAUUAUUGAUAUAAAUGAAUGGAAAAUUGGUUGUUUGCAAACUUUAACUUACUUCCUAUAUUAAACAUGUUUACUAAAAAGAUGGAACCGUCUUCGUGUAUGACGUGAAGUAAUGGUGACAACAAAUGUUCUCCUUUAGCUAUUCAAAUUAAAACAAUCAAAUGAACCAAAUAUGAAAAAAAGAACAAUGCGUAUUCUAAGUGCUAAGACAAUAAAGGAAUGCCUUUUAAUUAUCUUAAGAAUGAUCUAUAUUUGACCAUUGUGAAUUUGUUGAAUUGAAAAUAGUAAUAUUCAUCACUGAUGUCAUCGUCGUCAUAAUCUUCUUCGCAAUCUUCUUCUCAUUUCUUCUUCAUCAUCGUUCAUUCGUUAUUGUCGUCGUUGCCAUCAUCAUAUACCACUAUCUUCUUUAUCAUCUUCCUCAUCAUCAUAAUCAUCAUCAUCAUCUGUGUUAUCAAUAUAUAUAUUUGAGCUAUUUAUCAUAUUGUUGAAAAUGUGCUAAAAUGUUGAAUAAAUAAAUUUUGUUUUGCUUA